CUGCUCAUUUCCAUUCAGGUGAAGCGCACGGAGCAUUCGGAACGUCUCAAUGACGCUGAGAAACGAUUUUUAAUAGAUGCUGUGUCAAGACGAGCAUGCCUAUGGGAUGAUCAGGACGCAAAUUACAAAAGCCUGAAUUGUCGCACGUCGGCCUGGAGGGGUGUAAGCCAGGAAAUGGAGACAGAGUUCGAGAAAAAGUUUGAUUGCGAUAUACUGCAAAAGACAUUCAAGAACCUCCGUGAUGUCUUCACGCGCAAACGAAGGGAAUGUCAAGAAAUCUUGCUGAAGAGAAGCGGAGCAUCCGCGGGACAGGUGGAAAAGAUUACUUCUUGGCCUUUCUACGCAUCAUUGCUUUUUUUGGAUAGCUCCGCUGAUCAAGGAGAACGAUACUGCAACGUUACCGAUACCAAUGUGGAUCAAGAAUACCAGGAGUUGGUGGAGGAGGAAAUCAUUGACCUCGAGAGCGUAAAUGAUGAGAACUCGGCGCCCACGGAGCAGGAUAUGGGGAACACGAGCCGUCCGUCGUCGGUCAAACCGAUAACAGCGCUUACGUCGAAGAAGCGCAAGGCAUCAAAGAGUCAAAUGGAAAACAUUACUGCCACAAUGAUGAAAGGUUUUGAACCGAUGGACAAGUUUGAGGCCAUUGGUGUACUUCUUGCGGCAAAAUUGCGCGAGCUGAAUGCGCUGGAUCCUCUUAAUGGCGAAGAAGCACAGCUCAAGGCCGAAGAAAUGAAUAUCUACUUUUCCAGGCUCAUCUUUAAUGCAAAAAACAGUGGAAAAUAG